GCUGGGACUGAAGCUAUGGGGCUUCAUGAGCGCAUGAGUCCUUUUGUUCUUGUUCUUGCUCUCGUACUAUGUUGGUUCUUGUCAUGUGCCUGUCUUGCCCAGGAAAGAACUUUCUUUUCCGGCAACCUCAGUGAUUCUGAGACGAUAGUCUCCAGCUUCCGCACGUUCAGGUUCGGUUUCUUCAGCCCUGUUAACUCCACAAGUCGGUAUGCAGGUAUAUGGUACAACAGCAUCCCUGUACAAACUGUGAUAUGGGUUGCUAAUAAAGAUAAACCGAUCAACGACUCCUCUGGAGUUAUUUCGGUGUCUGAUGAUAGAAACCUCGUAGUUACUGAUGGUCAGAGGCGUGUCCUAUGGUCAACUAACGUCUCUACUCAAGUCCGUGGAAGUUCUACUGUCGCUGAGCUUUUGGAUUCGGGGAACCUUGUGCUAAAAGAUGCUAAUACCGAUGCGUAUCUUUGGGAGAGUUUCAAGUAUCCUACUGAUUCUUGGUUGCCAAAUAUGUUGGUGGGGACAAACGCAAGAACCGGAGGAGGGAACAUCACGAUAACUUCUUGGAAAACCCCUUCAGAUCCUUCUCCCGGGAGCUACACUGCUGCACUCGUUCUUGCUGCAUAUCCAGAGCUCUUCAUUUUGAACAACAAUAAUAAUAACGCUACGGUGUGGCGCAGUGGUCCCUGGAACGGCCAGAUGUUUAACGGUUUACCAGAUGUGUAUGCGGGCGUCUUUCUCUACAGAUUCAUAGUUAAUGAUGAUACCAACGGAUCAGUCACCAUGUCAUAUGCUAAUGAUUCGACCUUAAGAUACUUCUACAUGGAUUAUAGAGGAUCCGUGAUCCGGAGAGAUUGGAAUGAAGCUAGGAGAAACUGGACGGCCGGGUUACAAGUUCCGGCAACCGAGUGUGAUAUCUACAGAAGAUGUGGCGAAUUUGCUGCCUGCAAUCCCCGGAGAACCCCGCCUUGUUCUUGCAUUAGAGGGUUUAGGCCAAGGAACCUCAUAGAGUGGAACAGUGGAAACUGGACCGGUGGAUGCAUAAGAAGAGUCCCUUUGCAGUGUGAAAGACAGAACAAUAAUGGAAGUGCUGAUGGGUUUUUGAGGCUGAGGCGAAUGAAGUUGCCUGACUUUGCAAGAAGAUCUGAAGCUAGUGAACCAGAGUGCUUAAGGACUUGUUUGCAGACAUGUUCUUGUAUAGCCUGUGCUCAUGGCUUAGGUUAUGGUUGCAUGAUUUGGAAUGGAAGCUUAGUUGAUUCGCAGGAGUUGUCUGCUAGUGGAAUGGAUCUUUAUAUUCGUCUUGCACAUUCAGAAAUCAAAACACCGGACAGACGACCGGUUAUCAUCGGUACAUCAUUGGCAGGCGGCAUUUUUGUUAUGGCAGCCUGUGGUCUUUUGGCACGAGGGAUUGUCAUGAAGAAAAGAGGUUAG